AUGAGUCACAUCGCAUCCACCCUCACCAAAGUCUAUCCCUGGGUGAAACCGCCCAUCAUCGUGGGCGCCCCCAUGCGCGUCAUGUCCGGCGCCGCCAUGGCCGUCGCUAUCUCCCACGCCGGCGGCCUGGGGUUCAUCGGCCCCAGCCCCAAGACCAGCGAGAUGGCCACGGAUCUCGAAGAAGCCUCGUCGUCAAUCACCACCCUCCGCGGCUCGGCCGGCGCCUUCCAGGCCCUCCGAGCGGAUGGUCCGCUGCCCGUCGGCGUCGGCUUCCAGCUCUGGAACGACGACCUGGAAACGGCAGUGGCGCUGAUUGGGAAGUUCAAGCCUUGCGCCGCGUGGCUGUACGCGCCGCGCAACGGGCAGUCCGAUCUCGACGAAUGGUCGCGGCGCGUGCGCGGCGCGUCGCCGCAGACCCGCAUCUGGAUCCAGAUCGGCACGGUGCGCGAAGCCAGGGAGCUGCUGCGGGGCGCCGAGCGGCCGGACGCGGUGGUGAUCCAGGGCGCCGAGGCCGGUGGGCACGGCCGCGCCACCGACGGGAUGGGUCUCAUGUCGCUGUUUCCGGAGGUGGCGGACGUCCUGGCCGCGAGUCGGCUGCCCUUGUUUGCGGCGGGGGGCAUUGCGGAUGGGCGGGGAGCGGCGGCGGCGCUGUGUCUCGGGGCGGCCGGGGUGGCCCUGGGCACGCGGUUCCUGGCGGCGCGAGAGGCGCGCAUCAGUCCUGGAUAUCAGCGGGAGGUGGUGCGGGCCAGUGAUGCGGCGGUCUCGACGACCAAGACGAUGCUGUAUAACCAUCUGCGCGGGACCACGGACUGGCCGCCGGAGUAUAGUCCGCGCGCGAUCAUCAAUCGGUCGUAUGUGGAGUAUCAACAAGGGCGGCCGUUUGAGGAGCUACAGAAGGACUUUGAGGCGGCGCUCAAGGAAGGGGAUCAAGGUUGGGGCCCUGAAGGGCGACUGCCUGCGUAUGCUGGGGCGUCGAUUGGGCUGGUCCACGAGGUCAAAGACGCCGCAAGCAUUGUUCAUGAGCUUCAGGCGGAUGUGAAGAAGCGGAUUUCGAUGGUCGCAGUCUGA